CUUGCAUUGUGGUGAAGUUUUGGUUGUAAGGUUUAAUACCCAGCCUUACCACCAUGGCACCCAAACACAAUAACAUGAUACACAACAACCACUUCCACAAACAGUGGCAGAACUAUGUAAGAACAUGGUUUGAUCAGCCUGGGCGCAAGAAGCGCAGGCGUGUUGCCCGUGUAAAGAGGGCUUUACAGAUUGCACCUCGUCCAGUAGCUGGUGCUUUGCGUCCAAUUGUGCGUUGCCCAACUUUUAAGUAGAACACCAAGAUAAGGGCUGGACGAGGCUUCACUUUGGAAGAACUGAAGGCUGCUGGCAUCUCCCGUAAAGUCGCUCCAACUAUUGGUAUCUCUGUUGAUCACAGAAGAAAGAACAGAUCAGCGGAAUCCCUACAGGCUAAUGUACAAAGACUGAAGGAGUAUAAGAGCAAGUUGAUCGUCUUCCCAAGGAAGGCCAGCAAACCCAAACAAGGAGAUAGUGAGGCUGCUGAGUUGUCCAAUGCAGUACAACUUCAGGGAGCAGUCAUGCCAAUCCAACAGUCUCGCCUACCAAUCAAGGCUCGCAAGAUCACUGAUGAGGAAAAGAACACCAGUGUAUUCUGUAGCAUGCGUAUUGCUCGUGCCAAUGCCAGGUUGGUUGGCAUCCGUGAGAAGAGGGCUAGGGAGAAAGCUGAGCAAGAUGCAAUGAAGAAGAAAUAAGUUGUGAAUAAAUGUUCAAAUUCAUCUGCUGAAA